AGGCCUUGUGUUGGCAGAAGAAAGAUGCAGGAGAUUGUGCCUGUGUUCUCCAUGGUGCUCGGGUUGUUCAACCUGAGCUGUGAGCUGGGUGUGCCUGAAAGAUGCUCCUCACAAAGGAAUGAAUGCCCACUUUGUUUUCCAGGUUACCUGGUUCAAAGAGCUCUGUUUAGUGUAAGCCUGGCUAUGGAUUACAGACUUCCAGACCUGUGUGCAUGAUGCUGCAUUAGGUACUGUCCUCUCAUUGCAUGUGGUUUGAAGGGCUCUGCAUCCCCUUUGUUUCUCCAUCCCCCAUUUGUUGCCACCGUUGCUGGCCUCGAGCAUAUGUUCUUUGGUUUCAGCAUUGUGUCAGCCCUGCCUAAAGGAACCUGUGACAGCUCUUGGUCUGGGGAUGAACCCAUCCCCUUGAUAACUGCUCUCCUCUGGUUACUGCUCCGGGAAGCUCCCGAUGGUCUCAGGAGCUCGAGCUGGAGGGAGGCUGUCGGGGCCAGCGCAGCCUUGCAGAGCACCACGGAGCCAAUCGCUGCUGCUAGGGGUGGAGCUGGAGCUCCAGCAGAUGAAACCGAGUGCCUUUCCAGCACAGUUGGUCUGGGCGACUGAGAGAUCUGUUCGUGGGGAGAGGAGAGCUGGGACUGCGGCUCCAACGCGCUCCCAUCCCGGCAGCACCGCAGGAGCAGCCGUUCCCCUCUGCACAUCGGCGACACGAAGAUGAAAUCAUCUGACAUUGACCAGGAGCUGUUCACUGAAAGUUACUGCAGAGUUUGCAGCGCACAGCUAAUAUCUGAGUCCCAGCGCGUGGCCCACUACGAGAGUCGGAAACACGCCAGCAAAGUUCGCCUCUAUUACAUGCUUCACCCCAUCGAUGGAGGCUGUCCAGCCAAAAAGCUCCGCUCAGAAAACGGCAGUGACGGUGACUCGGUGGAUAAGAACAAAUGCUGCACACUAUGUAACAUGUCCUUUACCUCAGCGGUGGUGGCUGAAUCGCAUUACCAAGGGAAAAUCCAUGCCAAAAGGUUAAAGCUGUUGCUAGGUGAGCCGCCGGCGCUGAAGGCCACAGAGACCCUGGGCUCCUUGAAGCAGCCCCGUGCAGAUCGACCCCCAGCAGCAUCCCCACCGCAACCACGCAGGGAUUCAGACCGCUACUGCCAGCUGUGUGCCGCGUGGUUCAACAACCCCGUCAUGGCCCAGCAGCACUACGAUGGCAAGAAGCACAAGAAGAACGCGGCCAGGGCUGAGCUGCUGGAGCAGCUGGGGAAGACACUGGACCUGGGUGAGCUGCGAGGCCUGAAACGCAGCUACACGUGCAACAUCUGCAACGUCACACUGAACUCCAUAGAGCAGUACCACGCGCACCUGAAGGGCUCCAAGCACCAGACCAACCUGAAGAAUCAGUAGCAGCUCAUGGGAUGGAGCGAGGAAAAGCACUGAGGCCUCACCUGCAGGGAGGAAGGCUGCUGUCCUGGACACUGACCCCAUGCAGUGGAUGACUGACACGUAAUUAACCCUCGCUUUGGACAGAUAGAUGGAUAUUAUUAUUUUAUUUUAUUUUUUAAUUUUGUGGUGAGUUACAAUAUUUCAAUGGAUUUUUUUACCCUAUCAAGAUAAUAUUUAUUCAGCACAGAGUUUAGAGAAUGAUAACUACUACCCUGUAAAUACGACACUUAAUCAUCACUCAUCGCCACAGACAGAGGAGAGAAACUAUUUGACUUUUUCCUAUUUAUUCUUAGAUUUCUUCAGAGUAUAAAACUAUUCUAUUCCAUUAUCCACACUAGUGAUGUAAUCAGUCUUCAACCAGAAAUAAACAUACUUCCUUCACCUUCUCCAGCAUGGUUUUGUGCCGACACAUUGACAGCCAAAAGUGAAUCGCAGGGAUUGAAUAACGGAUGAAUGUUUUCCUUUCCUCUUUGUCUUCAGAGAAACAAAUUAGGAUCCUUUUCCUGCCAUUAGGACUGCUGAUGGGUGGAUGGGAACUGUCUGCUCUGCUGACUUCGGAUGCACACUGAUGCCCAGCACUCCUUGCUCUGUUGCGGAGUGGUGGGUGCCAGGCAGGGAGGCUGCCACAUAGUCUGCUUGCAGGACAUGGAUAUGAGAGCCCUAUGGGAACACUUCCCAGUGCUGGCUGCUCCGAAGAGCCCCCUGGUCCAGUCUAAGGGCUGCACAGCCAGAGCCCCAUGGCGGGGAGCGGAUCCUUGCUAACAGGGAGGAAAAAGCAUCAAAGGAUUGGAAGGAAAACUGCGACAACCUUGGAUGUCCAGGAAGAGUGUUGUGUGGAAUCCCAGCUGGGUCCUCAUCUGCAGCUCAUCUGCAAAGUGUGAAUUCCUCUCUGGUGUUGGGGUGAGUUGAGAUGUGAGUAUCAACCCAGUGGAAAUGAGAGGGUUUACAAUGGUGUUAGGCUUUCUGCUGCAGUAAGCAGAGAGAGACCAGAUUUCUUGCCUCGCCUGCUGCAAUGCGAAGAACUGAGAUAACCAAGAUCAAAUUUCAAGUAUGUCCUACAAGCAAUGCAGAGCAACCCUUGCUGUGCCCCGUGUUCUACCAGCUCGUUUAGUGCACUUUGCAUGCAGCGAACCUGUCUUGAGAAUGUUGAUAGAGAUUAAGCACCACCUUUUCCAGAGCAAUCUGGUUGGUUUAUAUAUCUGUAGCAGCACAAUCCUUCUGAGACUGCCCAUUUUCCUGCUUCUGCAUCUCCGAAAUAACAGGUUCUGACAUCUCCUCUUUGAACACGCUCAACCAGAGGCUGUCUGCUGUCUUUGGAAGGGAGUGGUGAUGCCUACAGCUCCAUCAGUUCAUUUACCAGAAAUGCAGCAUCUCAAAGUGAGCGGUGCCCCGUUGCUGUUGGCUCUGCGUCGGGAAACUGAAUUUAACCCACAGGGCCUGCAGGUUUGUGACUUCUCUGCCAAGUGAACAAACUGUCCAUAGGUGGUUGAUCUGCGUCCUCCAUCCGCUUCUCUGCACACUGAUAAAUCAAAGGGAAGGAAGAAUGUGCAGUGCUUUCAGUUGGGCACAUCACCUGGAAACCUUCAGCUGUGGUGCAAAUGUCAUUUGAUGUGUUUGUAGCAUCACUGCUGUCACUGAAUGUCUGUGGUGUGGUUGUUGGUAAGUCAGCAAGCUCAGUAGCAGAGGCUGCUGUGAGCAAUGCCCACUCGUGGAGGAACAGAAAACAGUGUCACUGCUGCUGGCAGCUCUGCCCUUUGUGCCUCUCCUACCCUGGGAUGUUUGCUGUAGGGCUGUGCUGCUGCACCCAAUGGGCAGUGCAAAACUGCUCAGCUCUCCUCCCUGCUGGCAACGUUGUGCCACUGGUUUUAAUUGCUAUCUAUCUUACCUGGGACUCUGAAAUCCCGCACUACCUCGCUACCUGUUAGAUGAAAACAAACCCUUUUUUGUUGGUGAAAGUGAUCAUUUUACCUUGAGAGAAGGCAAUUAAAAGCCUGAGCUCACCAGAUGUAUUUCUAAAGGACUCUUUGCAAAUCUUUGGGAUAGAAGAGAAAUAAUUCUCCUAAAUCAGGAGGCAGAUCAAUAACACACGUUGCUCUGCAGAGGGCCAUGUUUAUUUUGCCUGCCAGCAAUGUAACUCAAUAGACCCCCACCAGUCGAAGGAGAAAUGAGACCUCUGUGGUUUUGCAUUGUGAGUUUCCUGUGUCUGUGUUUUUUAUUUUGCUCGUUUGUUUUUGUCAUAUGAAAUCUAUUGGCAAAUAAUGGGCAAUGAUCAGCACUUUAUUUUCAUUUGGCAUUUAAUCAAAGGGAACAUGUUACAUCUGUACAAUAGCUGGGCUAAUUGCUCAACCAAACAGGACAAACCAUUGUUCAUCCUCACGGCUGAUGGAAUAAAUAUGAAUAUCAUCGUGUUCGAUCGUAGAGAUUACAAAGAAAAUGGGGCAAAGAUCCCAACUCCCCUUUUUUAGCUGCAGCAGGUGGGGGGCACAGAAACAAAACUGAGAUGGUGGAGGAAAAUGACUGCAUUGCUGAGGAGGACAGGAGUGCAUCCUUGCAGUGUGACCUUUGGUGCUGUCACCUCUUCUGCCUUCAGCUGUGCAGAGGGAAAGGUUGAAAAUGCUGCCGAAUGGAAUUGUUUACUUUCCAGGGUCAUUAGAAGUUCUAAAGAAGCUCUAUGUGAUUAAUCUGUGCUCUUGCAUCAAUGCCUUUCAUGUGUGCAGGAGAAUGGGCUGUUUGCAGAUGAGUAAGCAUCUCCCUGGCUUCCAUAGCUGUGGGGCUCUUUCAUUUAUUGUGGUCUGGGUGAUAAUGUAAUGCUGUGUUUCUGAAAGUAAACUGCCUCUUUACAGCAGGAACGUGUACAGAAAUAGGGCACACCAUUCAGGUGGAUGGGGAACUUUCUGAGCUCCCUCCCCUCAGAAGGAGCCUUUUCCCCACAGCCCUCUGCUUCCUUCCACCUUGUGCUCAGGUUGCUGCAGAGGUGAUGCUGCCAUUAGAAAGGAGAAUUUCCUAACUUGUGUGCUCAGGUAAUCACAAUGAGCUAAUUGCAGCAAAUUAAUUACAGCACAUACACAAUGGGCAGGUGUACAGAGGGCUCUGCUCCUGCUGCAGUGUGAUGGGGCUGUGUAGCCAGGAUGGCCCUCCCCAGCUGUGCUGCCUGCCUGCAUGGAAGCGACAGCCGUGGGCUUUGGUCCCUAAAUCCUUCUAAUCUCUUGCUUUUCUGAAGUUCGUUAGGCCUUCAAAGCAAGACAUAAAAAGACAAAUCUCCCGGUGGGAAGUCAGCGAUCCCUGCAGAACUGCCUCCAGACCGCACGCUUUGCUCUGAUGUUGAGAUGGGGACUGCAUCCCAAGCUUAAAGGCUGUGCAGAUACAUCUGGGAUCUUUGGCAAUGGAAGCAGUGAAACCUUUGCAUCCCUCGAGGUUGGUUUAAAUUAAAGGGUGAAGACUUCUGCUUAUAAUUUCUUCAUUAAAACUACACAGGCUGCAUUUUUCAUGCAGCACAGCCAUAAAUUACAGGACGUGACUUCACUCUGCUCAAACAUUUUCACAGCUCAAAAUUCCAGAUAAAGGAGUCUGUAAAGGUUAUAACCAUCGGUUUGGCUGUGUCACACACACACGGUCCUGCAGAGCAGCAUUAACAGAGCACUGCUGGUGGCUGGAGGUGUGAUUCUAACACCAGAGCUGUGAUCCUGUAGAUGAGUUCUGCUCAAGUUUUGUAGCACACACCAAAACUGUUCCUCAGGCUGUGAUGUGGAGCUGCCUGCUAAUGUCUCAUAAGGCCACUGGCUGCCUUCCUGUGCUGUUCUAUGCUCAGAUACAUUACAGCACAAAUAAUACAUGUUUUCUUAACCGGCUUCCCAUGUUAAGGCAAUAAAGCACUAUGGCAACAGUCUGUACAGUGACUCUGCCCUGAGGCACAACACUUCUUAGGAAGAAAUUAAUCAUGGGAGAAGAAUGCUUCCCGUGUGUAAAUGGUGUUUUCUUUGUUAAGUUCCUCUUGCAUCAGCCUCAUUAGCAAACCAUGACCUUUAGAUCCACCUUCCUUACUCUUGGAGUUCAGUGCGUGAAAUCCCUCCUCCAGGCUGUGCCAGGUGCUCACCUUGGUUCUCUGGGUAUUUCUGCGUCCUCUCCCACCAUUAGAGCAGAUUGGAACCUCCACGUUUGCUGCAGUGAGAGGCAGAACCCAAUUUAGUUGUUAAAUAUUCAUAACCUAAAGGAAGAAAGAGCAAAUAGGCAUUAAAAUCCCAAUGUGUUCCACACUUAUAUUACUUCACUGAGCUUAUUGCAAUACUUCAGGACACAUCUUUUAGCCUAUUUCCAGUACCAGAAUGGAGAUGAUGGAGGUAUUCCCAUUGUCCCAGUGAUGUUUCUCUUUGCCUCGUGUGUUCUUCCAGGCAGCUGCAGGGCUCUUCAAACAGAGCCAUGUCCAUUUGCAGGUCCCUGCCUGGAGGUGUUGCUAUGUUGAUGCACUGCUGAUGCCAACAGCUCACCAGCACUGAGCAGGGUGUGCUAUACCAGGGCUGGAAGGUAUCAGCAGUGGUCCCUCUGUGGUCUGCAGCUCCCUAAUUGAGCCUCAUGGUGUGCUCGUACAUCUCUGACAGUAGCCUAUGUCUAAUAUGUUUUUAAUCAGCGUGUGCAUUUCAAUUUGCAUAUUAAUAGCAAGGAGAUGUUAUUGUACGGUGCUGUUGAUGAGGCGGCUGUCAUGCUCAGCCUUCAAGCUGAGCAGAGAAAGAAACCACAUCUAUUGUAUAAGAGGUGCAAUUGCACAUGUUUUACCAUCUACCAUUCUCUAUUUAUCUCUGCCUUUCAUUUUCCUUAAUAGCUCAGAUGGGUGCGUGCUUCCCCCUCCCUUCCUCCCCCCUGUGAACAAGCAUAGUUUAAAAGGAUCUUUUUGGCUGUUAUGACAGCUCCAAGCCAGCCUAAAUAUCACAUUUCUACUGGACAUUUUUGACUUGCAAAGUGGCAAAAGCUUCAUUUCUUUCUGCUUUCCCUACCCCCUUUCUCAGCUCUUCCCCUGCUGUGUCACAUAGCACUGACGCUGCCAGGGCUCUGGAGUUUGGGAGGUGAGUUUUGUGCACGUUUGUUUUGCUCUUCACCUUCCUUCCCACUUGGCUCAGCAGGAAAAUGGCCCGAGGGCAAAAAGCCAAGAGUUAAAGGAGAGAAACUCAAAAGAGAAAUGAAGGAAACUGGAAUCAGAGGGAAAAAAAAGUGCAUCCCCAGCAGCCUGACUGUUCUAAUCGCUGUUGGAGCUCCCUGGCAGGUGGAGGAAAAGUCAAUGUUUUGGCCAGCAUGGGCUGGGUGCCGAGGAGCCUGCUGUGUGCAGCUGGGACUGAGCAGCAGCAUUCAGCCCGGCCCGCUUUUAGUAUCACUACAUUUCCAGCAUUGCUCUCCUAAUCCGGGAUCAAAGCACGCAGUCAGCAGACGGCAUUUGGAGGGAGAACAGAGCUCUGUUUUCCAUCCUUUCCCCUCUGCCAACAAAGCUGUUCUUGCUGAGGAGCUCCCAGCACAGGGUAUGGGAUCCCACUGGCUUCUAGGAGCAGAUCUCUGCUGUCCUGCAAGGAGAACUCAGGAAGAGCCCCGUGGGCAUCCCCUGUGCUGUGCAGAAUGGCAGCAUCAGGCACACAACUGCAGAGCACAACAGGCACCGCUCGUAGUGCUUUGGAGAUACUGAGUGAUAACAUUUCGAUAGAGGAACCUCCCCACCAGAUGGGAGGCGGUGCAGAAUUAGGGGGUUUUCAAUCACAGCGGCUCCAUGAGAAAAGCAAUGCAGCUGCUGCUCUGAAAUGAGUCUGAAUCCUGCAGGCAUCCACUGCUGUGCGGGACAAAGUGCUGCGAGGUGGGAGAAAUCCCCGUCAGCAUUCACUGCAGAGAAGGUGGAUGGAGUAAUGAGAGCAAGCAGAGGCGUGGGAUGGAUGUUUCAUUCCAGAGCUCCAAUCCAUUUGUAUAAUCAUAGUUGUUAUCGCAGGAAAUGUAAAUAACUGAUUGAGUUCAAAUGUAGUGUUUGACAACGCUUAUUCUUUGUGAGUACACACUGAAUUCUUGGGGAAUUACUUUAUUUGAUCAGACAGACCCGCAAUGUGUUCAACAGCCCUUUAGGCAUUUAGGUAGGACCAUACUCUGUGAUUUUUCUUGCUCUCCAAAGCAUAAAGCCUCUUACAAGUUCAUGUUUUAAUCAAUUGCUUGAAUCAAAGUAUGUGGCAGUUUGGCAGCUUGCCCUUUGCUGCACUGCUAUAGCUGCAAUAAUAGCAAUAAUGGUAUCAUGAAAAUACAAAAAGGCUGCUUUGCACCUUGUCAGCCCACAGCAAUGAAUAACCAGGAUGACCUUAAUUUGCUUUCUAUCGGAUGUGUUGGCCCUCAACCUUCAGCAGCAUCCAAGAUGGACAUUGGAGCCACAGUCCAUCUCCCCACGCUAAGCAGCCUCCCUAAUUAGCGUGUGUGCAUCCCAGCAGCUGCUGCUCUGAUCAGGGUCAUGCGAGGGCUUCACCCUGUGCAGAUUUUGCUCUGUUAAGGAUGGAUGCUGCACUCUGCAGCCAGGACAGAGCAGGACAGACCCCAAUGUGGUGAUCCCAGGGCUCUUUGCAGGGGGCUGUGGUGGCCAAAUUGAAGUGAGAUCAGCACUGUGGGGAUGGAGGGGGGGUUCCAAAGGCCUGGAGAGAGCUGCAUUCAGAAAUAGAUCAGAGCAGCACUUCCAUCCAAACGGGAAAAAAUAGUAAAAAGUGGCUUCAAAAUAGCGCUGUCUGUGAUAUCCCACUUGUGCACCCUUUUAAUGAGGCUGGUGCUGGUCUUAACAGGAGAAUGGCCUCAAUUCCAGUACAGCCUUGUGCUAUUGAUACAAUGCUUCUCUUAAUGAGGGCGUUAUUAUCUUUGUUUGGAAAUGUAGAAUGCAGCAGAUGCACGGUGUUAAAUAAUGGAACAAGAGACUCAGCGGGAGCCAGGAACAUGGAUGGUGCCCUACUGGGGACGAGGGGGCCCUCGGAUGGACACUGUGAGGAUGUGCUCUGUGUUCAUCCCUACAGAGCAAAGCAUGGAGAUGUUUGUGCUGCUCGGUUCUUCGAAUCCUCUGCUGAGAGAGGCUUCCUGCUUCAGUGCCAUGGAGCUCUCUUCCCUCAUUCUGCCUUCGGGGCCAAUCUAUGCCUUCAGUCACUUCUGCAGAUGCACCUUUGGCAAGGUCUGGCCCAAGCCCUGCUGAGUCUCUGUACCACCACUGCCACAGCUGCCUCCCCCCGCCCUGCUAUGAGUCACUUCCAAAGACACUUUUAGUUCAUUAAUGCAGAGAUGCAUUAAAAUGAAUCUCAGUAAAAUGGCAGUGCUGAUAAAAGCAGCCCCCAUCCUCCACCCACUCUGUGCCCCAGUUGCUCAGGUUCGUUUCUGUCUUUGAAUCAGACAGAAGGAAGCUCCAGUUUUCUGCAAAAUCAUGUCUGGGUCCCAAAGGGAGCCUGGAGCAGACACACAGUCGUCGUGCUCCUGCAGGGACACUGGGGUGCAACUGGAAGCAAUGGAUUGCUUUGAGGGCAGUGGCUUUGUGGGGUAUGCUGGCAUGUGGUGUGCAGUCCUACACAGCCCCAAUGAGUGUGUUUGUGCUGGAGAUGCUCUGAAUUUAGGAUGCAUUAUAUGGAACAAGACCAUGCGGUAACUGAAUGACAAAAGGUUUUUUAGCACUGAUGCGUUGGAGAUGGUGAUCAUGGGAUGUUAUUCCAAAAGGAAAAGUCAAAUGGAAACGGAGGAUAAAUAAGCAAGGACUAAAGCAAAGCAACUUGUAGGGGCAACCAAAAGCAUCACUGGGAUAAAUCCUUAUAGAACAGAACUGAUGAGCCACAUGAUGAUAUGCUCUUUCCUAGUGAAUUUACUCAGGGGCAGCGAGGCACAGCUGAUAAGCAGGGCAGUAUAAAUCAGCAAGGAGUCCAGUACAGCCCAGCUGCACUGAUGUGACCAGAAAGCUCCAUCAAACUAUUAUAUCAUUUGCACAAGACAAGCUGUCAAACCUUUCUUUAUCACUAGAAACCAACGUUGUGGUAAAACUCAUCAUUAUUUUGAAUGUUGUCCUCAGCAUCACAUCGGUGGCCACUUAACAAUAAGUGCCUACAAGCCCUGAAAGCAAGAAGGCAAAAUUGGCAGGAGCACAGCUGAGAAGUGCUGAGCAUUACUAUGGGGCCUCGGGCAUAGGGAGUGUGGGCUGUGGGGCUGUCAGGAUGUGGGGUUCUGCCUGCAGGCUUUGCAAUAAUGGGAACAGACACUGUGUGAGCUCCUGCUGACGUUCACCUUCAUCAUCAGCUCUGUGUAAAUCAGUGUUAGUUGUGGCGGUGGUGAUCUAAGAGUAUAGGCAAAUUAAGGUUUAUAGUAAAAACAAAAUGUAUAGCAAAAUGCACAGCGUUUAAUUAGAGCAUCCGAUAUAGUUAGGACAUGGACAAGCUUUAGGGCAAAGAGGCCCCAAAGGACUUCUCUGGGUCUGAAACAGAAACAAAAAGCUCCAAGCAAGAUCCAGGCUAGGAAGAAUAAAUUCAGCUUCAGUUUAACAUAAUUAUGGCAACAAAUUAGAGAGUUAGGAGGAAAAUCUACCAGUAAGCACCUGUGAAAUCAGCUGUUAUAAACCUUGUGUAUCGUUUCAAAUCUGGGAUAUUUGAAUCCUGUUACAGCCAUCCCCUGAUUCCCCAGUACUUAAAAUGCACUUAUUGUUUUGCAAGGGACAAACAAAGUGGAACUGUCACUUGGCAGAUGUGGGUUGCACACACUGUGAUCUGCCUGUGGGGUUGUGCACAGCGUGUUGUUUGUAUGGGGCAGUGCCCAACCUGGUUACUUCUGUUCCGAGAACAGCAUCUCUGUGUACGUCCCAUUUCUGAAGCAAGCACAAUCACAGAUGUAUUUCAUAAAGGAAUGUUAAAAAUAAAUCAUUUGAAAUCCAGA